ACGCAGCUGUAUGGCCCUGCACAGCUCCUCGAAGCUCCGGGAAGGCCUUGGAGCGUAGACGACUUCAAAGCGGUGGACGAUCGAGUGAGAGGGGGAGCGUCCACCUCAGCAGUGCGCCUCACGGAGCCUCAGGGGGACAAGACAGAUGCAAAGGCCGGCGAACUCGUCUUCUCUGGGUUCCUCGACAUCACCACACUUGGAGGGGCAGGAUUCGCAUCGCAGCAGUGCAUCGCCAGCCCGCCUUUCCCCGUCCCUCUCUCACAGCAGAAUCACAGUGGCCUUCGGCUGCUUGUGCGACCAGCCAAGGGAACCACUGACGCGACGGCUGACGAUGAGGGAAAGGCGCCCGGAGGUGGCAAAGGCCCUGUCAGGUCGUACCUACUGAACCUAUACCCGAAGCUGCCAGUCAAGCGACCCGAUGGCCGCAACGAGUCCAGCAUCACCUACGAGCACACGUUCCGCCUCGACCCACCAGUCUCGUCCAGCAGCCCAGACGGUGACGAUUCAGAUGACCUCUUGUCUGUUGAUCUAGCCUGGAACGACUUCAAGCCCUUCUACAGAGGCAAACCCGCAGAGGACGCUGGACCUCUCGACCCUUCAGAGGUGAAAAUCUGGAGCCUCAUGGCACGCUCCGACUUUGGAGCUCAGUCCGGUCCCUUUGAGCUGCAGGUGCACAGUCUCUGGGCCGUUGGCAAAGAAGAGGGAAGCCUUUCUGCUUCUCAAGGACACGAGGUGUGUGGAAAGGAGCGUGCCUGUGUCUGGGCAAAGGAGGAAGAUCGGUGGCAGCCAGCUGAUAUGAGCGGGUCUACAGGGUUCGCCCUCUACCUCUUCGCGACCCUCGCUCUUGUGAUCUGGACCCUAUGGGCUCUGACGCCCGACGCUUGGCUGAAAGCCUUAGGCAUUGACUGGUACCCUAGCCGAGAGUGGGCUUUCAUUCUACCUUCCUUCUCACUCGUGCUAGUCCUCUUUGCAUACAUCGCCUAUCUGGGCCUCAAUAUACAAAUGACGCCAGACUUAAGUGACCUACGGACGAUGACAGGU